UCUGGUUGCCAGCUAAUUGCAAAGCAUCGUGAUGAUAACGAUUUUCUAUUGAUGGCAUCGUUUAUAGUUUGGCAGAAUGAAAACGCAGUAAAGCCCAGUAUUAUACACAAUAAGUAUUUCUAAAAUAAAAAUAUAUUCCUUUACUGCAUCUAAACAAUAUCAAGAUGAGCAAAACUGGAAGUAAUGAUAGAACAACAAAAGAAAUCAAAGUGACUCUAGAGGCAGCUAAAUUUAAAGAGAGCGAUUUGAAAAAUCUAGUGCAGAUUAUUUAUAGUCAAUCCGAUCCUAACGAUGAUAUUAGGCUUUUAGAAUUGGAUAAAAAUAUGUUGAAAUCAAUUCAAGAAGGACAUCGUUUGUCUUUUAAAGGUCAUCAAAAUGAUCGUGCAGUGUUGUGCACCGAUGAUCGAACUUACAUUAUUGAAGAAGCUGAAACAUCAAAUUCAUUGCUGCUUUGUCCGGGCAUGAAAUUUACCAGUGAAAUAACAACAAACAAUAAUGAAGAAAUAACAAUUAAACCAAUUAUAGCUAAAGGGAUAUUUUAUACGUAUUUAGAGGCUUCACAGUGUAAACCAGAAGUAGGAAAACUUCUCUCGUUAUUAGAAUCGACGUCUUUCAAAGGACCUGAAUAUGAAAAACAAAUGAAUAAACAUAAUAUGUAUACGUGGUCUGAACUUUGUUGUGAGAUUCAAGCCAGCGAUGAAGAAUUAAGAGCAGCUAUUUCUGAAUAUAUGGUUGUUGAAAUGGAUGGAUUUUACCGGUUAAUAUCAUUCGAGUUUGAAAGUAAAGCUUUGACUAUGAUGCUUGAUUUUAUGGAAGAAAACUCAUGGUCUCUUAAUCAAGUCAACAAAGAAGAAACUUAUGAGGCUUUAAAGGAACUCAUCCCACGACCAAUUUUUGACAUGGUUUUUCAUAAAUAUGCUGCGAGAAAUGCUGUUAAUUCUUUUUUCACAUAUAAUAUAGAAAAAGUGUGUAAAUUUUUAGCCAAGGUUCUUCUCUCUGGAUCUCCAGUAAAUGACUUCAAAUUGUUCAUGGAGGCAUGGAGAAUGGGUGUUCCGGAAGGAAUUAAUCCGAAGUUGGAAUAUCUACAUGGUAUAGCUGUGGUAGUAUGGAAUAACGAAAAAGCGCGAAAAGAAAUAGUAUCUUUUCCUGAAUCAAAGCUUUCGGAGAAUAUUGCAGAUAGAUUUAAGGAAUUAUUUAAAGUUAAAGAUAAAUGGACUGUUGAGGAAAUUUCACCGUACAUCGAAUUGGAGAUUAACUUCAAUAUCUCUAGCUGCAAAUCUUCUUCUGAGAUUGAUCUUUAGGACCUCCGCUCUAUAUGGCGUAUAUCCGACGACGAUUUAGAUAGAACUCAAGUCCCCUCAGGUUCGUGAAAAGGAUGGAUCAACUUUUCUCAACUUGGCACGGAUACUUUCGCGCAGAUGUACCAUUAAUCCUCAAACGCUCGACGGCUUGCUCGACGGGG